AUGGCCGACAGGAACCCAACCAUGACUCAGCAGCGGAAGAUUCCAGACGAAUGGGCCAACGAGGCAUAUUCUAGGUGUGGUCUGAUCUGGGACUUGUAUAGCGCUAUCAUACAAUUAGGACCACGCUUACAGGCUAUCAUACAACUGGAACUAUGUGAACAGGCUAUUGAACUACUAUACAACUGGGACUACACUAACAGGCUCUCAUACAAUUGGAACUAUGCAAACAGGCUGUCAUACAACUGGGACUACGCAAUCAGGCUAUUAUACAAUUGGGACUACACAAAACAAACUCAUACAAAUCUUUCCACUACAGUCCACACCUCUGCCCUCCACAUGUCUGCUCCCUCCACACCUCUGCCCUCCACAUGUCUGUUCCCUCCACACCUCUACCCUCCACAUGUCUGUUUCCUCCACACCUCUGCCCUCCACAUGUCAGUUCCCUCCACACCUCUGCCCUCCACAUGUCUGUUCCCUCCACACCUCUGCCCUCCACAUGUCUGUUCCCUCCACACUUCUGCCCUCCACAUGUCUGUUCUCUCCACACCUCUGCCCUCCACAUGUCUGUUCCCUCCACACCUCUGCCUUCCACAUGUCUGUUUUCUCCACACCUCUGCCCUCCACAUGUCUGUUCUCUCCACACCUCUGCCCUCCACGUGUCUGUUCCCUCCACACCUCUGCCCUCCACAUGUUUGCUCCCUCCACACCUCUGCCCUCCACAUGUUUGCUCCCUCCACACCUCUGCCCUCCACAUGUCUGUUCCCUCCACACCUCUGCCCUCCACAUGUCUGUUCCCUCCACACCUCUACCCUUCCACAUGUUGUUUCCACCCACACCUCUGCCCUCCACAUGUUUGCUCCCUCCACACCUCCUGGCCCUCCACAUGUCUGUUCCAUCCACACCUCUACCUCCACAUGUCUGUUCCCUCCACACCUCUACCCUCACAUGUCUGUUUCCUCCACACCUCUGCCCUCCACAUGUCUGUUCCCUCCACACCUCUGCCCUCCACAUGUAUGUUUCCUCCACACCUCUGCCCUCCACAUGUCUGUUCCCUCCACACCUCUGCCUUCCACAUGUCUGUUCCCUCCACACCGACUGGCCCUCCACAUGUCUGUUCCCUCCACACCUCUGCCUUCCACAUGUCUGUUCUCUCCACACCUCUGCCCUCCACAUGUCUGUUCCCUCCACACCUCUGCCUUCCACAUGUCUGUUCUCUCCACACCUCUGCCCUCCACAUGUCUGUUCCCUCCACACCUCUGCCUUCACAUGUCUGUUCUCUUCCACACCUCUGCCCUCCACAGUCUGUUCCUCCACACCUCUGGCCCUCCACAUGUCUGUUCCCUCCACACCUCUGCCCUCCACAUGUCUGUUCCCUCCACACCUCUGCCUUCCACAUGUCUGUUCCCUCCACACCUCUGCCUCCACAUGUCUGUUCCCUCCACACCUCUGCCCUCCACAUGUCUGUUCCCUCCACACCUCUGCCCUCCACAUGUCUGUUCCCUCCACACCUCUGCCUUCCACAUGUCUGUUCCCUCCACACCUCUGCCUUCCACAUGUCUGUUCUCUCCACACCACUGCCCUCCACAUGUCUGUUCCCUCCACACCUCUGCCUUCCACAUGUCUGUUCUCUCCACACCACUGCCCUCCACAUCUUUCAAGCUAGUGCCUAAAUUUUCAAGAUCUUGA